AUGCUUUUGCAAGGCAAAGCAUAUCUUUGCGUACUGCUAGUGUUCAUCUCGCUAUGUACUUGUACGCCUGCAUUGGAGGCUGAGCUGGACUACGGGACUUUCCAAGGGUCAUACUCAGCAAGAUAUAACCUAAGCUACUGGCAGAAGAUUCCAUUCGCCGCUCCUCCAACUGGACAAAAUCGCUUCAGAGGGCCGCAGCCACCCACAUCUAUCGUCAAUGGAACGUAUGACUCCACACAGUCUUUCGACAUGUGCCCCCAACGAACAGUCAAUGGAUCCGAAGACUGCUUGUACCUCGGUCUGUACUCCAGACCUUGGAGUAGAGGACAGCCACUUCGCCCGGUUGUUGUGGUAUUCUAUGGCGGAGGGUUUAUCCAAGGCAGUGCUUACUUUUCCAUUCCGCCGUCAGGCUACCCGGUGCUUAAUGUGUCCAGUUCCAACGACCUAGUCUUUGUUUACACUAACUACAGAGUCAAUGCUUUUGGCCUUCUUCCAGGCAAGGAGAUUGCUGCAGAUGCAAUGUCUGACUUGAACCCUGGGCUCUUGGACCAACACGCUGCGUUGAAAUGGACCAACAAAUACGUCUCGGAGUUUGGAGGCGACCCUAGCAAUGUGUCCAUUUGGGGUCAAUCUGCCGGCGCAGGUAGUGUGGUGGCCCAGGUCAUAGCUCAGAAUGGCAAGACCAGUCCAUCGCUGUUUUCCAAGGCUUUGGCCUCGUCUCCAUUCUGGCCAAAGACCUACAAGUACAACGCACCUCAGGCUCAGGCUCUUUACGACUCUCUUGCCAAUCUCACUGGUUGCUCCGGACCAAACUCUCUGCAGUGUCUGAAGACGGUAGACGUGCAAGCUAUUAGGGAUGCUUCACUGACCAUCGCGGGAUCCCAUACAUACAACACAUCAUCUUAUACUUGGUCACCUGUCAUUGAUGGUACUUUCCUGACUCAACCACUCUCUUCUGCUACAGCUAAAGGCCAAGUCAACGUUGAUUAUGGAUUCGGCAUGUACAAUCUGCGUGAGGGCGAGAACUUUAUUCCUCCGGGCUUCCAGCACACAGAGAGCUCAGGCUCACCACCUUUUAACUCAUCAGUCAAAUCCCUCACUGCAUGGUUGAAGGGUUAUCUGCCAGGCUUAUCUGAUCGCGAUAGAUCACGGGUGCUGUCCUUGUAUCCGGCACGAGGAUCGGCAGAAGGUCUACCUAGCUAUGACACGACCCAUGUUCGGGCGGGUCUCAUCUUUCGGGACACCGUCCUGGCUUGUCCAGCAUACUGGAUGGCUAGCGCUGCCCAUAAAAAGUCAUACCUUGGCGAAUACACCAUUGCACCUGCAAAGCACGCAUCAGACACCAUCUAUUGGAACCAGGUCAAUUCAAUCCAGCAGACUGACUCUUUUAUAUACCAAGGAUAUGCCGGAGCCUUUGCUUCGUUCCUCGAGACAGGCGACCCUAAUGCUCACAAGUUAACGAACGACUCGGUGGCGGGUGUGCCAGAACUGCAGUCGGAAAAUCAAUUCGUGAUCGCGCAGGAUGGGUUUUCUGACGUGUCAACUGCACAACUGACUCAACGGUGUGACUACUGGAGAAGUGUGGCACAAAAGAUCCCUAUCUGA